GCUACUGAGAUCUCGCCGAGCGCACAAGAGACUCCUCGAUCCCCACUCACAGCAUCUUGCACACCAGCGCGAGAGGGGGAAAAACUUUCCUUAAACUUUUUUUUUUUUAAAUCGCCAUUAUCUCACUUCUCUCACAAAGCCGAUUAACAUUUUAAGAAGUAACUUGGCUUUACGAAACGGUUUGAACAUGCGCGCGCGUUUGUAGCGCUGGUGUUUUGCAGCGUUGUUUUUGUUUUCUUAGAAAAGUAAUUUAAAGAAGAGCGCAACGUCCUGACUACUUGACUGUUUGUUUUUGCAUUCGGUCGCUUUUAUCUGUUAGACAUUUGCGGGAGUGUUUCGAUUGCUGUUCUUUUUAGAGGCCCGGUUUUUAUUGUUCACGAAAAAUCAGAUCGCGAGAUCCGAGCGUUGAAAAGCAUUGAAGAAGUUUCAACGCAGAAAAACGCCGCAUCUCCACGAGGAAAUCCGAAGUUGAGAAUCGAAGAGAUCUCGUGACCGAGUUUCAUUUAUUUUUCUGUUUUUAUAUUUUUUGUUGCUGCUAAAUUGCCCGAAGAAGUAGUCAGCGAUGAAUAUGAUUUUUGCAUUCCCUGUAUGUUUGUCGGUGGUGAUUUUGGCGUCGGCUCAGACGGAUCAGAAGAAGAACUGCAAUGAAGUCAGAAGUGCCUACAGUUCUAAAGGUUUCAACGUCAAUGAUGUUCCCAACAAAGGAGUACAGGGAGCCCAUCUGAAAGUGUGUCCUCAAGGUUUCUCCUGCUGUACUCUGGAGAUGGAGGAGAAGUUGAGUCAGCAGAGCCGUACGGACCUGAAAGCCCCCGUCCAUCAGCUCAGCUCCAACCUGCAGAGCACCUUCACCCAAAGACACAGUCACUUUGACCAGUUCUUUAGAGAGCUGUUGAACAAUGCUGAGAAAUCCCUACACGACAUGUUCGUGCGGACUUAUGGCUUGAUGUAUGUGAAGAACGCGGAGCUAUUCAAGCAUUUCUUCCACGAGCUACGCCGCUACUAUUCCCACGGGAGCAGCGCCGUCAACCUGGACGACAUGCUGGCAGAAUUCUGGGCAGAGCUUCUGGAGCGCAUGUUCCAAUUGGUCAACGUUCAGUACGAGUUUACUGAAUCAUACAUGGAGUGUGUCAGCAGGCACAUGGAGCAGCUCAAGCCCUUCGGCGAUGUUCCGCGCAAACUCCGCCUACAGCUGACCCGCUCAUUCAUCGCGGUCCGCACGUUCACCCGUGGCCUGGCACUCAUGCCUGAGGUGGUGGGCAAAGUAUCCAUGGUGAGCGCUUCACCAAGCUGUGUGCGAGCAGCUAUGAAGAUGUUAUACUGCCCGUACUGUACUGGCCAGGUGGCACUGAAGCCCUGUAAGAACUACUGUCUCAACGUAAUGCGUGGCUGCCUGGCCAAUCAGGCGGACCUGGACACAGAAUGGAAUAACUUCCUGGAUGCCAUGAAUGGUCUUGCUGAGAGACUGGAGGGGCCCUUUAACUUCGAAUCAGUCAUGGAUCCCAUAGACGUGAAGAUUUCAGAUGCCAUCAUGAACAUGCAAGAGAACAGCAUACAGGUCUCGCAGAAGGUGUUCCAAGGUUGUGGGCAGCCCAAACUCAACAGUGCCUUCCGCACCCGGCGUUCUCCUAGAGACUCAGGGUUCCCUGGUCGAUUCCGCCCCUACAGCCCUGAUGCCAGACCCACCACUGCAGCUGGCACCAGCCUGGACCGAUUAUUGACGGAUGCUAAAAAGAAACUGAAGCAUGCCAAGAAGUUUUGGUCCACCCUGCCGGACACUGUGUGUGAAGGAGAUAGGGUUUCCCCGGGUGAAGAGUGCUGGAAUGGCACAGCCAAAAGCAGGUAUGAAUCUGUUGUCAUGGGCAAUGGCUUAGCUAAUCAGGUGUCUAAUCCUGAUGUGGAAGUUGACAUCACUAAACCAGACAUGGUGAUUCGGCGGCAGAUUGCAGUCUUGAAAGAAAUGACCAGCUGGCUGAAGGCGGCCUACACUGGCACCGACAUCUCAUUUGUCAAUGAGGAUGCCGGCAGCGGAGAGGAAAGUGGAAGUGGCUGCGACUCGCCGUCUUGCGAAAAAGACAUUGAUAUCUACUUCUCCACACCAACACCUGUAAAACCACGCAUCAAGAAGCCUCAAAAUGGUGGGGAACCCUCUAGUGGUUCCCGGUUGACACCCUGCAGCAUGGCACUGGUUGUGGCAGCACUCCUGCUGGUCCUGCUCACCCCCCACACUAGAUAAAACUAGUCGAGCAAUGAAGAGGAUAAGUGUUUGCACGAAAUUAAAAGAGCAGAAAACUGCCAUAGGACAUUACAGAGACUGCUUUCAGGAUCACCGUCUGCCUGCCAUCUGGGAAAGACACUCAAGUUAUUAAUAUUCAUAUAACUUCCCUUCAGUGUUUUUUGUUUGUUUUUAUAAGAAUGGACUUCAUUUUUGUACAGCUAUACGUUUCCACACAGCAAUACACUUCAUUUUUGUUAAAUCUUUUAGCAGGGUUUUAUUUCUCUGUGUUUGUAGUGUUCAGAAUCAACAGUUCCUCAUGAUUGUUAUUUUCGGUCAAGGCUCUAAAUGAGCGACUGCCAUUUGUUUGAAAGUAGGUCAGACAGUGUGAAUGGAUGUGUGUUUGUAUAGAUCAUCUGUGUGUGAAUCGGAGCGCUUUUCCUAAGGUAAAUAAUUAAUCUAUAUAACAUGUUUAAACUGAUUUAAGCAAAGCUGUAUGAAGUAUUCAGACUUUUUAGACAGACUUUUUGAGUGUGUGGUUGGAGUGUAUGUGUGCUUGGAUGCUUCAGUUAGCUGCAGAUCAUACUGUAUAUUAGUUCUUGGAUGUUAUUGAGGUAGAGAAAAACCACAUGAUGCCUUACAUUCGGAAAAGUUUUCGUUUGCAAAUAAGGGCUGUGAACAACAAGAACAUAAGUGCAAACAGUGCUGCCUAAUGAAUUAAAUCAGAGAGGCACGGGCUCCUAGACAUGGGUCAGAAACAGUUGUUCAGCUGAUAGGUUUGAUAUAGUUUGUCAGGGAGUAAAUCAUUUGUAUUUGGCAGGUUUUAUUUUUAUUUUUUUUAUUUAUGUCUUUGUUUCCAAGCAAGUUUCACAGCCCCUUCUCAUCACAUCCCACUUGAGAAUAUAGUCUUCACUAAUGACUUAAUUGUGUGUCAUGAAGGAAGGAGCUUUGGUUUGGGAAGGUCUGUUUGAUAUGAAAGUUGAGCCGUUGAUGAAAAGGCCUCCUCAAAGGAAGAAAGAAUGAACAAUGAUCCAUCAUGUGGAUAGACAUUUUAAAAAUUGUCUAUAAAAAUUAUUCCUGCAUGAUGUAGACUAUGGUAAAGUUGCUAUGUUAUCUGUAGACGUAUUAUGAACUAAUAGGAGGACCAGUUGGACAAGAGUGUACACUACAGAUGGCUUCAGUCUGAGCUGUCAUGGUGGAAAUGAUUAAUGGUGUAAUUUACACAGGGUUUUAUGUGGAGGUGUUUAAUUUGCUAGAAGUUUAUUGUAAGGUAUAAAUGGUAUGAAACUAUAUGAUAGGUACUGCAGCAAAUUUCACUUAACCCUAAUGGCAACCAGUGCUGAUUUUAUAGGGUGGGUGGCUAAUUUGAUUUCUAUCUUUUUGUUUAUUUUUAU